UAGUAGGGUUGGUGGGUUGGGUGUUGGUAGUGGUGGUGUUGGUGGUGGUGUUGGUAGUAGGGUUGGUGGUUGUUGGUGGGUUGGGGGUUGGUAGUGGUGGUGUUGGUAGUGGUGGUGUUGGUGGUGGUGUUGGUAGUAGGGUUGGUGGUUGUUGGGGUUGGUGGUUCAGCCUCGCUCGGCCGGGACCGCGGCGAACCCGGAGCAGAACUUGGGAAGUCCCAACGCCACGUUUGGGAAUCGGCACUGAAGAUUCCAUAAUUAAACCGCAGUAAACAUAACUUUGGGAAUUGGCCUUAAGAAUACGGCAAGGUACACGAGCUUGAAGAAUUAUCAUCGCUGUAUUCGAAUUCUGGAUCUGGAUAAAGAAUUCGGGAGCCCGUAAAUACAAACUCGUCAAAAUAAAUUGACCUCAGGACUUAGGAACGCGAAGGUUAAAAUAAUUCUCCCUGAACAAACCACAAUAUACAUCUGCGUUGUUAAACUCAACCUCCAGGUCGAAUACAUCCUCUUGCAGAUCCCCCAAGUACAGCUCGCGAUCUGGUUAAACCGAAUCGGUGACGACGCCAGACAUCAACUUCACGAAUCUGGAGCUCACAAUCAAGAGUCAUUAAAAGUCGAAACCAAAUUAUCCGCGAACCUCACGGGGACCUCAACAAGCAUCGAUCCCGCGACACCCCACAACUCCGCCACUGGACUCAGGAGAAGAAGUCUCUGCAUUUCGACGUUUCGGGACCUCAACCUCGUGCGCAUGUGACCGGCGCCCACGAAUCGCCCACGAGGGCCCCCGGUGGAGCGCCCGGGGCCAUGGAGGUGGUGGCGGAGGGGGGCACGGCCCCGCCACGUGGAGAGGAGGCCGAGGCAGCAGCCGGCACGGUGCGGUAGAGGCACCCCCAGCGCUCCAGACUCGCCCCCAUCGCCGCCUCGCAGCCUCUCGGUGUGACGGCGACGUUUGGUUGUCGCCACUCGUCUUGUCGAGAGAGACGAAGAGAGGUCCCGGAGAAGCGGUGGUGGAUGUGCCGAGCGAGGUCUCCUCUGCUGUGCGUGGGCCCGCCGCCGCCGUCAGCCUUCCUCGUGUGGCGUUGAAGACACAACCAACAGGCCUCCUGCAACUACAGUAGCAGCACCAUCACUGUCGCCACUGUCGACCUCCACGUGUGUGCGUGCCGGCCAGAGAAUCGCCACCAACGCUGCUGGAUCUUUACCGUCGGACUAACGCGCUCCAUACAGUACAGCACUGUACUACAGCACUGUACUACAGUACACGCCGAGCGCUGGGACGGAGGAGGCAGCGGCAGGGAGAGGCUCUCGCAUGUAGAGGCGGGAUCAGCCCCGUGUGCCUCGGCGUGUGAGAGUGAGUGAGUGUGUGUGAGUGUGUCUCGGUGUGAGAGUGUGAGUGAGAGUGCUGAGAGAGAGGGGACGAGGCAGGGAGAGGCGCGAUGCAGCCAGCCUACGACUUCAGCAGCGACGAGGCGGCCUCGAAAUGGCGGGGACUGUUCAUCGCGGCCCUGCGCAAGGUGCAGAGGCAGGUGCACCCGAACCUGACCGCCAACGACGACGCGCUGCGCUACAUCGAGGAGCUCAUCCUGCAGCUGUUGAGCAUGCUGUGCGUGACGCAGCCGCGCAACGUGCAGGACGUCGAGGAGCGUGUCCAGAAGACCUUCCCGCACCCGAUUGAGACGUGGGCCAUCGGGGACGCCCAGUCGGCCAUCGAGAAGAGGAAGCGGAGGAGCCCCCUCCUGCUCCCCGUCGACAAGAUACACCCGCUCCUCAAGGAGGUGUUGGGCUACCGGAUUGACCACCAGGUGUCCACCUACAUCGUGGCCGUGCUCGAGUACAUCUCGGCCGACAUCCUCAAGCUGGCCGGCAACUACGUGCGCAACAUCCGCCACUUCGAGAUCACCCAGCAGGACAUCAAGGUGGCCAUGUGCGCCGACAAGGUGCUGAUGGACAUGUUCCAGCAGGACGACGACGCCGACCUGUCCAGCGUGCUCUCGGGCGACGAGGAGCCGAGCGCGGCGUGCGAGCAGACGUACGACGAUCUGGUGAAGGCGCUCAUCGCCGAGGAGCGGCAGUACUUGCGCGAGCUCAACCUCAUCCUGCGCGUCUUCCGCGAGCCACUCGCGUCAUCGCCGGGCCUCUUCUCCUCUCACGACUUGGACAUGGUGUUCAGCCGCAUCCUGGACGUGCACGAGCUGACCGUGAAGCUGCUGGGCCUCAUGGAGGACACGGUCGAGAUGACAGAUGAGAGCAGCCCUCACCCGCUCGUGGGCAGCUGCUUCGAGGACAUGGCUGAGGAGCAAGCGUUUGACCCCUACGAGAUCUACACGCAGGAGAUCCUGCGCUCUGGCUACCACGACCACUUCCUCGGCCUCAUGUCCAAGCCUGGGGCCGCAAACUACCUCCGCUCGAUUGGUGAGGGCUUCAAGGAGGCAGUGCAGUACAUGCUCCCGCGCCUGCUGCUGCGCCCGAUCUACCACUGCCUGCACUACUUUGAGCUGCUCAAGCAACUGGAGGAGAAGAGCGAGGAGGAGGAGGACCGCGAGUGCCUGAAACAGGCCAUUACGGCACUGCUCAACCUGCAGAGCAGCAUCGAGCGCACGUGCGCGCGCCACCUGCCCAAGCGCCGUCUCAGCGAGCCGGCGCACCGCUUCUACAUGAGCCCCAUGCGCAGCAAGCACCUGGCCCUGCGGCGCAUGCACGAGAUCCAGAAGAGCAUCGAUGGCUGGGAGGGCCGCGACAUCAGCCAGUGCUGCAGCCAGCUGCUCACAGAGGGGCCCCUCGCGCGCGCCGGCGCCAAGCACGAGCGCUACGUCUUCCUGUUCGACGGGCUGCUCGUGAGCUGCAAGCCGCUCGGCCACCACGGCCCGCCGCGCCUGCCGGGCUCCAGCAGCAGCUCCGAGUACCGACUCAAGGAGAAGCUGCAGGUGCGCAAGGCGCGCAUCACGGACAAGGACGACUCCUCCGACUACCGCCACGCCUUCGAGAUCACGUGCCGCGACUCGGACGGCGCCUCGGGCCUGGCGGGACUGCCUCCCGGCGGCCCCGGCGUGGCGGCCGGCCUGGCCUCGGGCGGCGUUCUCUCUUCCGCCGGCAGCCUCCUGCCGGGCCUGCCGGGCGGCGGGAGCGGCGGCGUGGGCGGAGGGCCCGGCGGGGGCGGGGGGCUCGGCGGCGGCGGCGUCUGCAUGGUGAGCGGCGGCGUGAUGAUGAUGGGCGGCGGCGGCGGGAUGGGCGGCGCCGGGAUGAUCGUCAUCGGGGGCAACGGCGGCUACGGCUACGGCGGCUCGGGUGGCGGAGGAGGCGGCGGUGGCGGCACGUCCAUCGUGUUCUGCGCGCGGACGGCCGACGACAAGGAUGCGUGGAUGGCGGCGCUGAUCGCGCUGCAGUACCGCAGCACCCUGGAGCGCAUGCUCGACGCCGCUCUGGCGCAGGAGGAGAAGGAGCGGCCGCUGCGGCUGCCGGCGCCCAGCGACUACCGCUUCGCCCUGGAGGACUCGGACGAGAACAUCGUGUUCGAGGAGAGCGUGCAGGCCAAGUCGGGCAUCCCCAUCAUCCGCGGAGGCACCGUGCUCAAGCUCAUUGAGAGGCUCACGUACCACAUGUAUGCAGAUCCCAACUUUGUGCGAACCUUCCUGACCACGUACCGCUCGUUCUGCAAACCCCAGGAGCUGCUGGAUCUGCUCAUCGAACGGUUCAAGAUCCCCGACCCAAAGCCGUCGGACGCCGACCGCCUGGCGCUGGAGCAGGGAGAGCAGCCGAUGAGCGCCGAGCUGAAGCGCUUCCGCAAGGAGUACGUGCAGCCCGUGCAGCUCAGGGUGCUGAACGUGUGCCGCCACUGGGUGGAGCACCACUUCUACGACUUUGAGCGCGACCCGCAGCUGCUCAGCACCCUGGAGGACUUCAUCCGGGAGGUCCGGGGCAAGGCGAUGCGCAAGUGGGUGGAGUCCAUCACCAAGAUCAUCCAGCGCAAGACGCAGGCGCAGACGCAGCCCAACGGGCCGAGCCACAGCCUCACGUUCGAGAGCUCCCCGCCACCCGUCGAGUGGCACAUCAGCCGGCCCAACCAGGCGGACAGCUUCGACGUGCUCACGCUGCACCCCAUCGAGAUCGCACGCCAGCUCACACUCAUCGAGUCCGAGCUCUACAGGGCGGUGCAGCCCUCUGAGCUCGUGGGCAGCGUCUGGACCAAGGAGGACAAGGAGAUCAACUCCCCGAACCUACUGCGCAUGAUCCGCCACACCACCAACCUCACGCUGUGGUUCGAGAAGUGCCUCGUGGAGGCGGAGAACUUCGAGGAGCGCGUGGCGGUGAUGACGCGCAUCAUCGAGGUGGCGCAGGUCUUCCAGGAGCUCAACAACUUCAACGGGGUCCUGGAGGUGGUGAGCGCCAUGAGCUCGGCGCCAGUCUACCGCCUGCACCACACGCUCGAGAAAGUAGCGGAGAGCAAGAGGAAAGCGCUGGAGGAGGCGUCGGAGCUCAUGGAAGAUCACUACAAGAAGUAUCAGCUCAAGCUGCGCUCCAUCAACCCGCCCUGCGUGCCGUUCUUCGGAAUCUACCUUACGAACAUUCUCAAGACGGAGGAGGGAAACCCGGACUUCCUGAAGCGGCACGGCAAGGAGCUCAUAAACUUCAGCAAACGGCGCAAGGUGGCGGAGAUCACGGGCGAGAUCCAACAGUACCAGAACCAGCCGUACUGCCUGCGCACCGAGCCCGACAUACGGAGGUUUUUUGAGAACCUGAACCCGAUGGGCAACAUGGAGGAGAAGGAGUUCAUGGACUACCUCUUCGACGAGUCGCUGAAGAUCGAGCCUCGCCACGCCAAGCAGCCCACGAGAUUUCAACGUCGCACGAAUUUCCCGCUGAAGUCGCCGGGCAUCCGCCCGCGGCACACCUCCGCGUCGGGCACGCUGCGCGGUCACCCCAUCGCGCUGGAGCGGGAACCGCGCAAGAUCAGCUACAGCCGCAUCCCCGAGAGCGACGGCGAGACGGCGGGCGCCGCCUCGACGCCCAACUCGCCCAACACGCCGCUCACGCCGCCACACUCGGCCGCCUCCGACACGGGCUCCGUGUUUGGCGAGGGAGAGAGCUCCACCUUCCCGGCCACGCGAUCCCCAUCCAUCUCAAGUUUGUCCCGGGCGGAGGAGUGCUGCGUGCCUCCACCCCUUCCCCCUCGGCGGCGUCCCGACCUCGCGCCCACCGAGUCCUCACCUUCCAAGAUGAUGCCCAAGCCUCCCGACAGCCCCCCCGCCAUCCCGCCGCGCCUGCCCACGCGCCUCUCCUACCACCGCUCCUCGCUGCCGCAGAGUUCCCCGCCGCCGCCCCCGCCGCGCGAGCCGCGCUCGCACACACCUCCCCCCGUGCCGCUGAGGCCGCCCGAGACCUUCGUCAACUAUCGCCCGCCCGAGUCCUUCGGCUCGGCCUGCUGCUCCUUCCCCUCGCUGCCCCCGACGCCGCCUCCCCCGGCCUCCACCACGACGACGACGGCGUCGACGACGACGCAGCCCGUGCCCUCGACGGGCCAGCAGUCGCCCUUCCCGCUGGCCCCGGUGCCGCCCGGCCGCCUGCCGCGCUUCUGCAACCCGUCGUCCGCGCCGCCCCCGCCUCCGCCGCCGCCCCCGCCGCCGCCGCCUCCGCCGCUCAAGACGUUCCCGCAGAACCUCUCGUACCAAGACGCCGACGAUUUCCCGCCGCCCUCGCCGGGGCCGCCCUUGCCUCCGCGACCCACGCCACCCGGCGGCGGCGGCGUCGCGGCUUUGAGCGGGGGCGCGACCGGAUCCGGCUCGGCCGCCACUCCGCCGUCGCUGCCGUCGUUGUCGUCCUCCGCCUCCUUCGCCUCCUCCCCGUCGCUGUCGUCGCUCUCGUCUUCGCUGGCGCCGUUCUCGUCGUCCUCGCCGUCCUCUGCGGCGAACGCGCAGGCGCCGUUGCCCAAGCUGCCCCCCAAGACGUACAAGCGCGAGCUGUCGACGCCGCCCACGCCGCGCGCGCGGGCAACCUCGCAGGAGGCCCCCUAGCGGAGAAAAAACAAAACACAAAGCCGCGAAUCAAGACGGCGACGUGACGUAAAGAAAAAACACAAACUGUUGUAAAAUAAUCAUAACGUUAUUAUGAAUAAUAAUUAUGAUAGUAAUAAUGCUCAUAAUAAUAUUAGUAAUAAUUAUGAUAAUAUAUAAAACGAUCUUUAAAAAUCAAGAGUUCGCAAAGUAACACUGUCGAGAAGGCGGAAGAGCAGCAGGAGGGGAGCGUGUGUUAUCGUCGACCAGCGCCGAGCGCUGUUGCGUCGUCAUCGUCUUUGAGGAGCGAGCGAGCGAGGACCCCCCUCCCCCCGGCCACGGGGCGCCCAGACCCCCAGCCGCAAGCAACCCCAGCCGCAAGCACCCUGCCCAAUUUAAACGGCACAACAAGCCUGACGGUUUAUUUUUUUAUUUCUUUGCGCAUUUUGUAUUUUAUUUCUAAUUAGUUUUUGUUGCAGAUGAUGUUCAUGUUUUUUUGUAUUGGUAUUAUUUUAUUGGUCAUGUUUAAUUGUAUUAAUCUCAAACAAGAAGAAUACAUUUGUCCAUCUGAGCCAGAUACGGUUUUUUGCUCAGUGACGAGCGAGCAUGACGACUGUGAAAUUCCGCGCAACUCAAACGGCCCGGAUUGUUUUAUUUUUGGUCGUUGGUGUGUUUUUAAUUUUAUUUCAUACAAAAAAAAUCACGUGUUUACUUUUUAUUUGUUAUUGUACACAAAUCGUGGCGGGGUUUCUCCUUCUCCGGCGCCUUUGAUUUUGGUUCAAAUGAGGCGAGCCGGGAAGGGCGCUCCCCGCGUCCGCCAUCGUCGCGGGCCAGGUGGAGAGACGGCAGCCGGCCCCGCGACACUGCAUGCUGUAUCCUGUACACAAUCGAACACCGCCUCUUGGGUUUGUUUUCGUUUUUAUCUUUGCUCGUUAUUACAAAGGUUUAUUUUAAUUUUUUUAAUGUUCAUCAUGUUGAAAUCACUGCGUGCGUCCGCAACAAACUGGAGCAGUGCUUCGUAAAAAAAGCAAAACAAGAGAAGGUUCGGUUUGCAUCUGAGACCAAGCCGAGAGCUCCGCACUCCCGAGUUGUCAUCUCCUCCGUGUGUCGGCGUCGGGUCCUCGUCAGACGCGCGAACGCCCAGUUCUGCCAAGGUCCUCGCAACGCCAACGCCGUUCCCGUGCGGCUGCCCUUCCCCCCCCCCCCUGUCUUGGCUGCCAGGAAGUUAACAGCCCGUGGAAAAAAAAACAAAAGUCGUGAUAAGAUUUUCUGAAUAUUUGUUCGGCUCAAAAAAAGAAAACUUGGCGCAUCGUGAUGUUGACUUGAAGCAGUGGCGCGGAUGUUUGCACCGGGAAAUAGUGUCUGUGGCAGGAGCAAGAGAGACGAGCGAGAUGAGAGAGAAGAGAGGGAGACACAAGUUAGAGAGAUGAGGGAUGUUGAUCGGUUAGAAGUGACUUGCACCGAGCACGGUUAUCAUGCAUCUCCCCCGCCCACCAAUACAAAUGAAUAUCUGUUCCUUCUCGGCUGGAACCAAGAGUAGCACCCAUGGGCUUGGCCACUUUCAGCACGGGGCCGGGGAGGGGAGGGGGGGUGUCAAAAGGGGUCUCGCGAUCCCAUCGUCACGACGGGGAGGGAGCAGCGUGCUUGAACCCCGCGCAUCCAGAGCGACUGCUCACAGCCGCACGGGGAGGGGCAAAGUUUAAACGCAAUCAUGGAGUUACAAAGAGAAGAGGAAACGUCCACUUGACUCUGGGAAGGCACCGCCGUACAUCGUAACCUUGAGCGUCGCGCUGAGGCGACGGAAAGUGGUGAGGAGAGAGCAGCCCUGGACCGGCAAGGAAGCUGCCGGAGCCUCGCGUUCUGUUUCGGCAAUGUAGGCACUUUUCCAAAUGUCGUCCCUUUUAUUUAUUUCUUUCCAUAUAUUUUUUAUAUGAACACUCAACCCCUGGUUUAUCCAUUACCCUGCACGGCUCGAGUUUGUAUGACACAGCCUUAACAGCCAUUGUCUCUGGCAAAAAUCCUACAGCGAAAUUAUAUUUAGUUUCUUUUGUUGUUGUCGGGUUGGGAUCGACACUGGAACCAGAACCUAGCGCCGCAGUGUCCUUAUUUAAGCCUCGUCUGUGUCCAGCGAUUGCCAUGACAGCUACAGCUGGCUGGGGUUCCCUACGUUCAGUGUCGGCAGCACCCAUGUCAUUCACGAUGAGAGCAUCUUCCCCUUUACGGUUCGGUUUGCGGUGUAGAGCGGGGAACGUUCAACUCCGGCAACGGUGUCGUGUGCUGACCUACGAGCUGGCUGUGUUCCAGGGCCUCGCCUGCCCGUCGCCUUCAAUGUCACGUUUUCUUUCUGGAAGCUUCUUGUGUCUGCCAGGUUGUUGGGAGGAGAGAUGUGACCCCAGUGUGUACCAAGGAUGCAAAAUGUUUUAACUGCGACACGCACUCGCACAAGGCUCUUGACACAGCCUUGUGUUUUUAUUGUUAUUUUUUUUGUUCCCCAUCAACAUUUUACAAAAGGGCCUGUCUAGUUUUUUUCUAUCGUUAAUAUUUUAUUCCCAGAUCCAUUGAUGAACAUGAUUAUGUAAUUUUCCUGACGGUGAAAGUUGCCGUAAAUCAUGCAGCGUUUGCGUUUGUGCCGUAGCCACGGACCUGCAUAUAAGCGACGUUAUUUCUUACAGCGCGGGAAGAAAAAUGUAAUUAAAUAAAAUGAGGGAAAACUGCAA